AUGGCCUCUAACCCUCCCGCCGCCUGCUGCGCCUCCGGCUUCAAGCACGAGGGCAACCCCGCUGGCGAGGUCAAGAACGUCGACGGUGUCAACACCUACAUCACCUACCCCAAGGACAAGAGCGCUGACAAGGCUGUCCUCUUCCUGACCGACGUCUUCGGCAUUUUCCCCAACGCCCAGCUCCUCGCCGACGAGUUCGCCUCCAAUGGCUACCUGACCGUCAUCCCCGACCUGUUCCAGGGCGACCAGAUCUCCGUCGAGGCCAUGGAAUCCGGCAAGGCCGAUCUGCCUGCCUGGUUGCCCAAGCACCAAACCGCCAACGUCGACCCCAUCGUCGAGAAGACCAUCAAGUACAUGCGCGAGACUCUCGGCGUCAAGAAGAUUGGUGCCGUCGGCUACUGCUUCGGCGGAAAGUACGUCAUUCGCUACUUGAAGCCCGGCCAGAUCGACGCCGGUUACUCCGCUCACCCCUCCUUCGUCACCCACGAGGAGCUCGGCGCUAUCAAGGGCCCCUUCUCCAUUGCCGCUGCUGAGGUCGACUCCAUCUUUACCACCCAGCUCCGCCACGAGUCUGAGGAGACUCUGAUCAAGGCUGCCCAGCCCUGGCAAAUCAACCUGUUCAGUGGUGUCAGCCACGGCUUUGCCGUCCGCGCCAAUCUGAAGGACCCCCAGCAGAAGUGGGCUAAGGAGCAGGCCUUCUGUCAGGCCGUUGCUUGGUUCAACCAGCACCUGUAA